GUCCUUCCCAAGUGGCGCCUAGACGUCACGGUGCGCGUUGAUGAAGCCAAUCUGUCAUUUAGCUCAUCAGCCAGGACCGCCAUCGACUCUCCCUUCUGCUCACGCACCACCUCUCACCUUUGACCGGGGCGGCACAGUCGGCCAGAACACCCCAGCGCGUUUCCAUUCGAUCGCAUGGCGUGAAAUUUGUUUGCAUAUUUCCUUUCUGCCUGCUUUUGAACUGUUGUCUGGCUGCAGACUCACUCUACUGCGACACCCUAACCGCCGCCUCCGCACCCGCCUUUUCGAGCCGCGCCGCCGCCGCCGCCGGAGCCGCACAGAGAAUGGCGCGAACAAAACAGCCACCCGUGAGGCGUGAGUCGUCGUCCGAAUACUUUAACAAGCGGACGGCGUCGUGGCAGACGUCAGCCAACGGCGCGCCGGUGGCGGACAUGAAGCACGCGACGACGGCCAACGGUGGGCAGCCUCCCGUCGUCGUCGCCGCCGCCGCCGCCGCCGCCGCCAGGAACGAGGCCGGGGUGCUGCAGCUGGUCAUCUCCGUCGCGGGCAUAUACGCGUCCUUCUUGACGUGGGCGUACCUCCAGGAGAAACUCACGACGACGCCGUAUGGGCCCAGCGGUGACGGCGCGGCCCCCGAAAAGUGGCAUUUUCCCGUCUUCCUCAACACGAUCCAGUCCGUCUUCGCGGCGACGGUCGGCUGCGUCUACCUGCUGCUGUCGACCCCGCGCGGGGCCGCCGUGCCGCCCGUCAUCCCAUCGCGCCGCAUCCUCGGUCCGCUCGCCCUCGUCGCCGUCACGUCGAGCCUCGCCAGCCCGUUUGGGUACGCCAGCCUGGCGCACAUCGACUACAUCACCUUCCUCCUCGCCAAGAGCUGCAAGCUUCUGCCCGUCAUGUUCCUUCAUAUCACCGUCUUCCGUAGGCGGUACCCGCUGUACAAGUACCUGGUGGUCACGGCCGUCACGGCCGGCGUGGCCGUCUUUACAUUGCACUCGGGGCGGCGCGGCGGCGGUGGUGGCAGCAAGCACAAGGCGCCGUCGUCGUCAUCCAACGUCGCGUGGGGCCUACUGCUCCUAAGCAUCAACCUGCUCUUCGACGGGCUUACCAACAGCACCCAGGACUACAUCUUCCAGGCCUUCCGCCCCUAUAGCGGCCCGCAGAUGAUGUGCGCCAACAACAUCAUGAGCACCCUCGUCACCGGCCUCUACCUCGUCGCCAGCCCGUACCUCGUCUCGACCGGGCUCGGCGACUGGCUCGGCAUGGACGUGGCCGGCAGCGCCGGCGAGCUCGGUGCCGCCCUCGACUUCAUGAGGCGCUAUCCCUCCGUGUGGAAGGACGUCCUGGGCUUUGCGGCGUGCGGCGCUGUCGGCCAAGUCUUUAUUUUCUACACGCUCUCCACGUUCUCGUCCGUGCUGCUCGUCACCGUCACCGUCACCCGCAAGAUGUUCACCAUGAUCCUGUCCGUCGUCGCCUUCGGCCACCGCCUCACGCACAUGCAGUGGCUCGGCGUCGGGCUCGUCUUCGGCGGCAUCGGCGUCGAGGCCGGCAUCGCGCGCCGCGAGAAGCUGGCCAAGGAGGCGGCCAACAAGGCCAAGAAGGACUCGUGACAGAGUGCGCUCUCGAUCACACCAUCUCACCUCAUCCGGUCGUCCGCGCAUUCGCGAGAAUGAGCAAAACUUUGCAUCGAGGGUAGGGACUAUAUGCAGCCCGGCACAGAGGCCAGGCGCGUCCAUUGUUUUCCGUACUAGAUGGAGGCGGAUUUGAUAUCACGGCGUUGUUAGCAGCACAGGAGAAACAUCUCUUUGAGCGCUUGGCAUUUGGCACUUGGUUGCAUAGAAACAUAAUGGCACCAUACAAAGACGCGAGUCACGCUUCCGACGAGAUGUAAGGGUCACCAAGAUAAUUGGUUGUGUGUAUUUUCCCAAGAUGCGCCAUACGCUUCAGUCGCUUUGCCUCGUAUUCAUGCUCCGUCACUCUCCGAUCGCCG